GCAGCAGCCUUUGCACAGGAGGAGAGGAGCAGCUCGGUCCCUCCAGCGCCAUGCCUCGGGCCACCACCCUCAUCCUCAUCCUGGCCGGGCUCUGCGUGUCCUCCCUGGGCCAGUACAACGAGGAGGAGGACCUGGCGUGGCUCCAGUACUACCUGCGGCAGUCCCGCGCCUCCUCCUACAACUACGUUCCCUACUACGAGGAGGAGAGCCCCGCGUACGCCUACUCCUACCCCUCUGCCACCGACACGGAGCCCGAGCCCGAGCCCGAGCCGCAGCAGGCGGCGCCCUGGCGGUGUCCCCAGGAGUGUGACUGUCCCCCCAACUUCUCGUCGGCCAUGUACUGCGACACGCGCAACCUGCGCUACCUGCCCUUCGUGCCCUCGCGGAUGAAGUACGUGUAUUUCCAGAACAAUCUCAUCACCUCCAUCCAGGAGGGCGCCUUCGACAACGCCACCGAGCUGGAGUGGCUGGCGCUGCACAACAACCAGAUCAGCAGCGAGAAGAUGGGGAAAAGGGUUUUUGGGAAGCUGCAGAGGUUGGAGAGGCUCUACAUGAACAACAACAACCUGACCAGGCUGCCCAGCCCGCUGCCGCGCUCGCUGCGGGAGCUCCACCUCUCCUACAACCAGAUCUCCAAGGUGCCUCCCAACGCUCUGGAGGGGCUGGAGAACCUCACGGCGCUCUACCUCAGCCACAACUUCAUCUUCGAGAUGGGCGCGUCCCUCAAGGGGCUCAAGUCGCUGAUCCUGGCCGACCUGAGCUACAACAACCUCAGGAAGGUCCCCGACGGGCUGCCGGCGUCGCUGGAGCAGCUCUACCUGGAGUACAACUACAUCAACGCCAUCCCCGACGAGUAUUUCCAGGUGUCCCCCAGGCUGCUCUACGUGAGGAUGUCCCACAACAGCCUGACCAACCAAGGGCUCUCCAGCAACACCUUCAACAGCAGCAGCAUCCUGGAGCUGGACCUCUCCUACAACCGGCUGCAGAAGAUCCCGCGGGUCAACACCAACCUGGAGAACCUCUACCUGCAGGGGAACCAGAUCGACGAGUUCUCCAUCAGCAGCUUCUGCUCCGUGGUGGACGUGGUGAACUACUCGCGGCUGCAGGUGCUGCGGCUGGACGGCAACGCCAUCAAACGCAACGCGGUGCCCCCGGACGCGCCGCUGUGCCUGCGCCGCGCCACCGUCAUCGAGAUCUGACAGCUGAGCCCCCCCUGCCCCUCAGGACUUGUGUC